AUGGCACCACCAACAUCGGCCCUGGGGCCACAUCGCUGCCUACUCAACAAGCCAUCUCGCUCCCUCUACCGAGGGAUACGCUCCGCCCCUCGCCCGACCCGCGCAGCUGCACCUGCCCCUCCUCAUCCUCGCCCACGACCUCACCUUUCGUCGGCCGCCUCUCCCUCAUGGCAGCGCACAUUCUCAACAACGCACAGCCUAUCACGCCCCGCUCACGCCGUACAGACACACGAUAACGCCACCAUCUUUGCCCUGGCAUCGGGACGGGGGCAGGCCGGCAUCGCAGUGAUUCGCAUCUCGGGCCCGCACACACAGCACAUCUACCACCUCCUCUGCCGCAGCCCCCAUCCUUCCAGCAGCAGCAGCAGCAGCAGCAGCAGCAGCAGCAGCAGCGGCAGCCUGCCGCCGAGUCACAAGCUCUGCCUGCGCCGCCUCUACCAUCCUCACACCGGGGAGCUGCUCGACCACGCCGCGCUCGUCUACUUUGCCGCGCCCCGGUCCUACACGGGCGAAGAUGCGCUGGAACUCCACGUCCACGGCGGCAACGCCACGGUGCGGGAUACCCUCGACGCCCUGGCCGAUAUCGGCUUGCCCUCUCCCUCCUCCUCCUCCUCCUCCUCCUCCUCCUCGACGGCCGCGAUGAGCGCCAGCCUGAAUGUACGACCAGCGGAACCGGGCGAAUUCACACGGCGCGCCUACACAAACGGACGCAUGGACCUCACCUCGUCCGAGGCGCUACACUCACUCAUCACGUCUUCCACGUCGUCGCAGCGUCGGCUCGCGCUCCAGGGGGCGGGUGGGGCGCAGACGCGGCGGUACGAGUCGAUGCGGUCGAGCCUGGUCGAUGCCAUGGCCAUGGUCGAGGCCCUGAUCGACUUCAGCGACGAAGAGGGUGUCGAGCCCCACGCCUGGACGUCGGCCAAGCGCGCGGCGCGCGCCAUGAAGCGGCUCAUCGAAGACGAACUCGGUCUCGAUCCCUCCUCCCCCUCCCCCUCGUCCUCGGGCGGUGCGGGACGACGUGCGGGGUCGGGGAUGGGGAAGAGGCACGUGGGCGAGAUACUCAACGAGGGCGUCAGGCUGGCCAUCUACGGACCUCCCAACGCGGGCAAGUCGAGCCUGCUCAACGCCCUGGCCGAUCGCGAGGCGGCCAUCGUCAGCGACGUGCCCGGCACCACGCGCGACGUCGUCCAGGUCGAUCUCGACCUCGGCGGCUACAAGGUCGUCGCCUACGACACGGCGGGGAUACGCGGCGACGACGAGACGACGGAUCGCAUCGAGUCGAUCGGCAUCCUGCGCGCGCGCCAGGCCGUCGAGGCUGCCGACCUCGCCCUCCUCGUCUACCCGCUGCCGGACCUCGUCGCCGCUCCGAGCUCGACGACGACGUCGUCGAUGCCCAUCCUCCGACCGCAUAGCUACGGCGGCGAAGAUCCGGAUCUCGUCCUUUUGAACAAAUCCGACCUGGUAUCCGACCCGGACGCCGCUAUCGCCACGAACCUGCUCUCGUCCCGCAUCAAAGGCACCGGGACGACGACAGCCACGACGACGAGGAUCUACACGGGCUCGACAAAGACAUCAGAUGGACUGACGUCGCUCCUCUCGUCGCUCUCGGACCUGCUCGAGGCGAAAUACGGACACCACCUCUCGCCCACCUCGUCGUCGUCUUCGUCGUCGUCGACGCCACUCGUGACCCAGACGCGGCACCGGUUCCACCUGCUGGAAUGCCACGCCGCCCUCGUCGAGUUCGACGCCCUCGCCAGCGUGCCCGACGACGACCGGGUCGACCUCGUCCUCGCCGCAGAACAGCUCCGUCUCGCCGCCAGGGCGAUUGGUCGCGUCACGGGUCUCGACGUCCGGCCCGACGAGGUGCUCGGACACGUGUUUGGCAAGUUUUGCAUCGGCAAGUGA